AUGCCUUCUAGACCUCCUUCCACCACCAAGUCAUCGCCUCAGCUGACAAAUGUACCACUACCGGUAGAUGAUCAGCCUGAAGCUGGACCUUCGACCGCUUCUUCGCUUAGCUCAAGAGCUUCAACGGUCUCGUCGAUAAAAGGCAAAGAGAAAGCUGUAGCGGGUGACGAUGGCUCAGACGAUGAGGACUAUGACGACGACCUGUCUGUAGAUGAUGCAGAAGGGGGAGAGGUCUCUUCAGAUCAGGAUGAUCAGAUACAAAAUGGUGAUGAUCAGACGAAUGGUCAAGGUGGUGAAGACUAUGAAGACGAUACUAUAGCAACAGAAGAAGACGAUGAGGAUGAUGAAGAGGGGGAAGAAGAAGAGGACGAGGAUGAGGAAGAAGAGGAACCAGCACUCAAGUAUAGCCGGUUGAAAGGUCGUAUACCGGAGAUCCUGGCAAAAGAUACAGCUUCUACAAUAGCUGUAUCUCCCAGAGUGAUAGCACUGGGUACGCAUAAUGGUAUGGUGCAUGUUUUGACGUACGAAGGAUCCAAAGUCAAUUCGUUCAGACCUCACGCAGCUAGUGUCACUUGUUUAAAGAUGGACGAGGAUAAUGACUUUGUAGCUACAUCGAGUGUAGAAGGUCGAGUUGUCAUACAUUCCCUCACUUCAACGGAAUCAUACGCUUUCGACUACAAACGCCCAAUGAGAGCUAUAGCCUUGGAGCCAGGAUUCGCAAAGAAAAACACUCGUGCUUUUGUAUGUGGUGGGAUGGCCGGAAACCUUAUCAUGCAGGAGAAAGGAUGGUUAGGGUAUAAAGAGCAAAUAAUACAUUCUGGAGAAGGACCUAUCUGGGCGAUAGAGUGGAGAGGAAAUUUGAUAGCUUGGGCUAAUGAUCUGGGAGUCAAGAUAUACGAUACCACCACUUCCCAGCGGAUAGGCUAUAUCGACCGAGGAGCACAUGCACCCCGAGCAGAAUUGUUCAAAUGCACCUUGCAAUGGAAAGAUGAUCAUACACUUAUCAUCGGCUGGGCAGACCACAUCAAGAUCGUUCGAAUACGAAAUCGAGCAAAAUCUCAGACUAGUACAGGUCUUCCAGCAUUAACUGUGGAAAUGACCUCGAUAUAUCAAGUGGAUUGUAUGAUAUCCGGAUUAGCUCAGUUCAAUUCUUCUUACGUGGUAUUAGCAUAUAUCGCUCCGGAUACAUACGAGAACGAAGCUACGGAUAAUCCAAUGGAACAACGACGUAAAGCUGCUAAUCGACCUGAACUUCGGUUGAUCGAUAAAGGCGAAGAAGUUAAUGCGGAUGCCUUGAGCUUGACAAACUACCAUAUGUAUGGAUGUAACGAUUAUUCGUUGAUCAAAUCGCAAAGGGAGAACGAACAUGUUUUCUUCGUAAUCUCACCCUCGGAUGUUAUUGUGGUAAGACCAAGAGAUGAGAUUGAUCAUAUCGAUUGGUUGGUGGAAAGAGAAAGAUACUCAGAAGCUUUAGAAUCAGCAGAAGAGUUGAGGAAGAAACAUGGGAAUGCUCUGGAUGUAAAGACUAUAGGACUAAAGUAUAUGAACCAUCUCUUAGCACAAGGUCAUUUCGAACAGACUGCUUCACUUGCACAGAAAGUGUUAGGACAAGAUUCAGAAGCUUGGGAAAAAUGGAUAUACACUUUUGUUCAGCAUCAUCAGUUACCUACCAUCAUCCCAUAUAUACCUACCAAGGAUCCCCAGCUAGGCAAACCAGUCUAUGAGAUGGUAUUUGGACAUUUGUUGGUGAACGACAGAGCGGCUUUACUGAAGACCAUAACUUCCUGGCCAACAGAUAUAUACGAUAUGAACACUGUCAUGGGAGCUGUACAAGGAGAAUUGGAAGCCACUAAAGAUGACCCAAUCCUCCUGGAAUGUUUGGCUGAGUUACACUUGAUCAACCGACAACCGGCCAAGGCCUUGCCAUACUUCCUUCGUCUACGCCAACCUCAUGUGUUCGAUCUGAUAAGAGAGCAUAACCUGUUCACCGCCGUGCAAGACCAAGCUUUGUUAUUGGUCCAGUUCGACCAAGAACGAGAAGUGAAUAAGGAAGAAGUUAAAGGAGAUAAGAGUAAACACGGCGCGGCUAUUGAGCUCUUGGUGGAUCACACUCAUUCCAUACCUAUUGAUAGAGUGGUGCAUCAAUUGGAAGAAAAGCCAAAAUACCUAUACAUGUAUCUAGACGCGCUGUUUGAUAAAGAUCCUCAAUUCUGUCUACCUUAUAGCGAUAGAAUGGUCGAGCUCUAUGCGGCAUACGAUCUUGACAGGCUGAUGCCUUUCUUACGAGCUAGUAACUUCUAUGAUCUAGAGAAGGCCUAUGAGAUCUGUAAAGAACGUGAUCUAGUAACGGAGAUGGUCUUCUUACUUGGUAGAAUCGGUAACAACAAGAAAGCAUUGAUGUUGAUCAUAGAGAGGCUAGGUGAUGUACAAAGGGCAAUCGAUUUUGCCAAAGAGCAAUCUGACGAAGAUCUUUGGGAAGACCUCUUAACGUACUCGGAAACUCGACCGUCAUUCAUCAGAGCUUUGCUGGAACAUGUUGGAGCUGAGAUCAAUCCUAUCAGGUUGAUCAGUAGGAUCAAGGAUGGAUUGGAAAUUCCGGGAUUGAAAGAGGGCGUGGUCAGGGUAUUGAUGGGGAUGAAUCUCCAGGUAUCACUCCUCGAAGGAUGUCAACACAUACUCAAUGGUGAUUGUAGCAAUCUAGCGUUGGAGUUGCAAGCUGCUCAAGUAGGAAGUACAAGAUGUUCUCCCACAUCAACCUGUAUCAUCUGUCAUCUACCUCUAUUCCUGCCCUCAACCAAAUAUCCCUCUCAGACUUUGGUCCUACUAUACUUAUGCCAACACCUGGUCCACGCUCAAUGUGCAUUACCAGAAGAUGUCGAGUUGCCUCAAAGACAAGAGAAUAUAAACGUAACUUAUCUGUUGGCUAAUGGUGCUAGUGGUGCUAAAGGACAGAAUUGGAAAUCGAGAGCUAUAGGUGGGAAGCUGGGGUAUGCAGCUGCUGUCAGAGUGAGAGUGGGGAAAUGUCCUGUAUGUGAGAAAGGUGGCGGAAGGCGGGCAAGUAAGAUUGGUUAG